UUCAACGGGUUGGAAAACGUACACUUAUAAUAGUGAUUUCUAUAGUGGCUGUGGAAGUACUGAACACAUACAAGAUACAAAAUGGCGAAAAUUAGCAGGCUUGAUAUAAAUCAAUUCAUAAAAAAUAACUUAUUAAUUCUCCUCACUAUUGGAGGAGUAAUCGUCGGACUCAUCCUUGGAUUAGGAUUGCGAAAUGUAGGAGAGGAAGUGUGGAGCCAACGAAACGUCAUGUAUGUUAACUUCAUUGGGGAUCUGUUUCUACGUUCAAUAAAAGCAAUUAUCUUACCACUGAUAGUGACAUCAUUGAUGUCCGCCGUUGGUUCUAUGGAUACGGGAAUGUCUCGAAAAAUAGGAGGACUAUCAAUUUUGUAUUAUAUGACAACAACGAUAUUAGCAGUGAUAGAAGGGAUUAUUUUAGUUGUUACAAUUGAACCGGGAAAGCGAUCGGAUGAUGAAAAUACUUCUUCGAAUAUUCAGAAAAGUAACCUUACAACCGCAGAUACAAUGCUGGAUCUUAUACGAAACAUCAUUCCUCCGAACCCGGUGCAAGCAUGUUUGGAACAAUAUCAAACUGUACUGACCCCAGAUCCUAAUAAUCCAAACGAGCAAGACCUUGAGAAGUGGAAUAUUUCCGGCCGCUAUAUUAGUGGCAUAAAUUUAAUAGGAGUUGUAACUAUAUCUAUUAUUUUUGGAGUGGCACUAAGUGCCGUGAAAAAUGAAGCUCAGGAUCUGCUAACAUUCGUGCAGCAAUUAUCAUGUGUAGUAAUGAAAGUUACUGGAUGGAUAAUAUGGUUAUCACCAAUAGGAGUAUUAUCACUUAUCAUGGCGAAAUUUUUAGAAAUGGAUGACUUAGCCGACGUUUUUAGUAAACUUGGGUUAUAUUUUGCAGUUGUUAUUUGUGGUAUAAUGUUUCACGGUAUUGUUGUACUACCGAUAAUAUACUUUUUGCUAACCAGAAAAAAUCCCUACAAGUUUCUCUCUAAUAUGGGUCAAGCAAUUGCUACAGCGUUUGGAACAUCAUCAAGCUCAGCAACUAUGCCCGUAACACUGCAAUGUUUGGAGAAGAAAAAUCAUAUCGAUACACGGAUAACCCGUUUUGUAAUUCCCAUUGGUACGACUAUCAACAUGGAUGGAACAGCGCUAUAUGAGGCAGUAGCAGCUAUAUUCAUUGCCCAGCUCCGCGGAAUGGAACUAUCGUUAGGAAAGAUCAUAGCAGUUGCCAUUACAGCAACUGCAGCAAGUAUUGGAACAGCAGCCGUACCCCAAGGAGGUUUAGUGACUUUAGUGAUGGUCCUAGAUUCCAUUGGACUUCCUAGUGAAGAUGUAUCGCUGAUUAUAGCUGUCGAUUGGCUAGUGAAUCGAUUCCGUGCUGUUGUCAAUGUUCUUGGCGAUUGUUUUGGAGCUGGCAUAGUUGAGCAUUAUAGUAUAAAAGAUCUCAUCAACCAAAACCUAUGAGCUUAGAUAUAGUUUUAAGAUAAUAAAUGCCCUAAGGUUUAUUGAAAUUCCUUAAUCCUUUAUACGUAAAGCGCGGAUCAGUUUUAAAUUAUAGGAUAUUAUGAAAUAGAUUUUUUCCUAUCAGUCAACCGAAAUUCAAUUUUUAAUAUCAUGGAUAUAAUGUAGUAAGUCAAAUAUUUGUUGCAUAUUGAUAUUUAUUUGGUAAUGGAUUAGUAAAAAAAUAGUUUGAGGGUGAGAAGUGAUAGAAUGUUUCAGUAAAUCGUUGGGUGUUCUUUUUUGAAAAAUCUUGUGAAUUCCAUUGUUUUAAUAUUCCAGUUUGAAGGUACGGAAAACAAAUCGAACCCGAUAACAAAAACCUCUAAACUAAAGAAAUGCGGAGCUUAGUUUUAAAGCUUUUCACAAUUCAUAUCUCAUAACGGAAAACGUUUGCAUAAGAAAAAAAAACAUAGAAAAAUUGAAAGGGAUACUCUAUUGAAUGUUACAAACAAUGAUAAAUUUUCUUUAUUUUCUUGUACAAAAACAGAAAAAGGAAGGAAAUCCAUUUAGGAAAAACCGUAAAUAUAAGCUUGAGAGAAAGAAAAAAAAAUUUAUUAAAAAAUAAAAAAUAAAGAAAAAAGUCCUAUUUCUGUUCAAACGAUAUCAACUGAAAAGGAACUCUGAUACUUACAAAUGGUAUAUGAUAUUGAAUAUUAAUCAGGAGACUUGUCUCAAGUGCGUGAAUCUAAUAUAACAUAUGAAUGUUAAAUACUCCGGAACAUUUAAAUAUAGAAACAUAUGUACAAGA